CCCGGCUUAACACAUCUAGCUGAAUAGAAAAUUUAAUCAUAAAAACUCAAGGCUUUGGAAAUAUAUUCGAUUACACAUUCUUUUUUCGUCUUAUUGUUUAAAUCGGAAUAGAAAAAAAAGAAUCGAAAAUGUUUUUGAUAUACUUCCUUUGUUAUAAUAAGAUUGUCAACGUAUUGGUUACGUAUUCAUUUGCAUAAGUAACAUGUCUCUAUAUAUAAAAAUUAAGUCACAUGAUUGUUACCUUGGCAUUAGUGCAUUCUUUCCACUCGACGCAUACUUCACACUAAAAUGAAGGAUUAUUAACAGUGGUACGCUUCAAGGUGGUUUGUCGGUUAAACUGCAAGAAUGGCUACUUGUUCCCUACAAACAAGUGAUGCAGGUCGCCAGAACUGGAUACAAAGCUGUGUUGCUUUGUGUUACACAAAAGAGGGCCUUGAAGAUUUUGUAAUGGAGGAGAGCACACAGUUUAAAAGAGACACACUGACUGCAAUAACACUUAAAAACCAAUUAUCUCCAGGUGCAACAUGUAAUUCUUGCACAACGGCUAAUCUGUUACAUUGUAAGACCAUUGGAUACUGUACACCCGUUGGAAGAUGUAAAGUUCACAAUGUGAAAGAUCCUGCGCGGAAAUCAGACAUCCCAUGCGUAAACAAUAUUUGUAAAGAUAUGAGAGAAAACAUUCGAAGGAAGCAUAGAUACUUCCAACCUAAUAAAAAUGAACCAUCGUGGACAAAUGCCGAUGCUACGAAAUUUUGUAGUAAUCCAUUUCAGAUUUUAAAAUGUUAUAUGCCUCCCGAAGGUUACAAAAAUAUACAGACCAUACAAGGGACUGACUUUAAUGGAAUUAUCAAUGUGACCAUCAACUGUACGAUAUUCCAGAAUAAGUUAGCUGCAAAACUUUUCCAAGACCAAAACGUCUUUGAAGAUGCACGUAAGAUAGGUCGGGCUAUUCGCCAUUCAGCCGAUCUUUCAGUAUCUGAUAUAGACCUAACCAAGCACAUCGACACUUUGAUACAGCUCCUCUCUGAUCCGAAAUAUUUAUUGUAUGACAACAAGGCUAAGGAAGCUGUUGUCAAAUUGCAAAAGUUGAAAGCAAAAGGUUUACCAUUUAACGAGGAAGAAAAUAAACGAAUUGCCGAUGCCUUGACUAGUUUUAUAAAGACUUCGGCGGCAGAAAAUAUUGAAAUGACAGAGAAAAUGAAGGAGCAAAUCACAUUGCAAUUCUGCACAUUACAGGAAGAGAUUCAAAAAUUGCUGAAAACUACCAAAACAAACUUCAAGAAUUACGUUAAAAAAGCUGUACAAAAAAUAGAACGUAAAUCCGAUCAUGUAUUGGACAAAAUUGAAAGAGCUGGAAGGGAAACAGAAACAAAAAUAAAUGCAGCUGCAAAGCCGUUUAUAACCUGUAUUGAUGUUAAGUACACGGGACAUUCGAGACAUUCAGUAACUAUUAGCGUCGGAAGCCCAGGAGAAAGACCUCGGAGUUUUAGAUCAUUUUCCCAUGUUUACACUGAAGAAAAUAUGAUGUCCCCGACAAGUUUUGAUUUCGAAUAUCGAUGUCUGUUUGAGGAAUUUAGGAACGAUCUUCUCCUCCACUAUGGAACGAUGUACUGCUCAGCAACAUUGUCACCCCUUAUAAAUGAUCAUAAUGUAGAACUUUCAAGUUUAUAUGUCGAACCAAAACUUCAACAUAUAGAUUUAUCGACGGAUCAUAAUCAGCUUGAAGAAACUUCUCCGGACACCUAUAUCAAAUCAUUUCGAGAUAUUUUCUUUAAUGGACCCAAUCAAUGUAAAAACAUUUAUAUCACUUCAAACGCUGCUGUAGGAAAGACAAUACUGUUGAAAAGAAUUUGCCAACUAUGGUGCAAGUCUCAAUCAAAGGAACAGUGUACUGAACAGGAAAAAGAAAAGGUUGAUGCACUGCGUCACUAUGAGUUUGUGUUCAUGCUGGCAUUAGAUGAAAGUGACGCCGAUAUUUGUGACAUUGACGAAAUGAUUCAAAAGCAGAUCUUACCUUAUUUAUCAAGACACGUACACUACUCGGAAAAAUUUCUAAUAGAGGUUUUACAUAAUCACAAAUGCCUAAUUAUGCUUGACGGGCUAGACAAAUGGAUCCAUCCAUGUAACUGUUCCCAAAAGUGUAAGACAGACCUCAUUCCAAGGAGGAAAGUUCGACCCUAUUGCACAAUAAUUACAACCUCCUCUCGAUGGAAGUUCAACACUUUGAUCUUAAAAGAUACACAAAUUGAUAGACAUGUGAACGUAUGCGAACUAGAUCAAAACACAUCUAGUGAGCUUAUUACAAAAGCUGUGUCCUUUAUGAAUAGCAAAACAAGAAAUAAAAAAUCAGAAGAACAAAUCAGAAAUAAAAUAGUUUCGUCUAAAAUUGAUAAAACCUUGCUAUUCAAUCCAUACAUCAUUUUGCAGCUUGUGUGUUUGCUGUUUGACGGCAUAACUAUAGGCAGAACUAAAUGUGAACAAUACGGCAGCAUGAUGAGUCUGAUAUUGGCCAGAUGUCGUGAUAAGAUAAGGUAUUUGAAUUGCAAUUUUCGUACUUCAGAACGGUGCCCACAAUGUUUACAGUGUCAUGAUGAAUGUAAGAGAAAUUUUGGGCUUCUCCUUUCUAUUGGAAAGUUAGCUUUUGGAACAUUAUUCAUCGAUAGCUCAAGUUCUGUAUUUGGAAAAGCAAUUAUAGAUAAUUACAUCUCAAAUGAAACUCUUGAAACAUGCUUAGAGCUUGGAUUAUUAAUAAAGAUAAAACCUGCAUUGCGAUAUUCUUCUAGGCAAUUCGUUUUCACGUUUCACAAUAAAUCACUUCAGAUGUUCUUCGCAGCACUCUAUGCACAAUCGGAACAUGGUCAAAGAAUAUGGAAAGGAACAAAACAAUCAGUCAUCCGUAGAUUCCACGGUACAUCUGAUGAUUCAGAUAUGCUUGAUUUCUUCCUGUUUGUAAAUGGGUUUAACCAAACAUUUUUGUGCAAAAUUAUUAAACCAUCAAUUUCAGCAGAAACAGAGGAUGGCAUUUUCAAAUUCAGAAAGUUGAGUUCCGUUGUAAGAUCUGCAGAUGAACAAUCCAAAGCUGUUAAAUUUUAUCAAUGUGUUGCAACUGAGUGUUUAAAUGAAAGCUUGGAGUGUGGUCAUGGUGAGGUAGCUUUUCAACUUGAAGACAUUAUCAUCGACUCUGAUACAAAGUCGGAUGAAAACAUUGAAGUUGUAAGACAUUGUGUCGAAAAAUACGUUUACCAUAUUAAAUCACUGUGUAUCAGAGAAUGUGCUUCUGGAGUUGAAGCUAAACGAAUAUUAAAUGGACUUGGUGUAAGAAAUAUACAUCAUCUCGAAAAGUUAGAGUUAAGGAGCAUCCCACCAGUUCUUAUUCUUCAGACAUUAUUGAGACAGAUUAAAGACACAUUACGUUGCUUAGACCUGUGUUCUUUCGAAUUUGGAAAAACAUCCUAUAUAUACCACAAUAGAGAAUCAAAAUUUGAACGUGAACAUAUAAAGAUAAUAUCACGUAUGAAAAGCUUGCAAGUCAUAACUCUUGCGUCAUUGCUUUUGGACCACGAUGAUAUGGAUUUCCUUCUUCUUUUCCUCAGCAGGAAAACUGAAAUGAAGCAGAUAGUUCUGUAUUAUGUCGAAUGUAGAGAGCAAAGAAAACAUAAUUGUAAAGGUCAUUUAUUAGAUUUGGAACUCCAUACUUAUCUUCAAGUUUUUGGAUUAGACCGUGUACCAGUGACGACAUUAAAGAUGAAUGCACUGAAUAUAGAGGAGUGCUGGAUUGGAAAGCUAUCUUCUCAUAUUUUAUCUCAGAUGUUUGCAGAUCUCCAAAGAUCAGUAAAACUUCAGACUUUGUAUUGUCUUAGACAUGACGAUAUUUGUGCAAUGCUAAAAUCCCUUCCAAAGUUUUAUCAAAUAGCUUAUAUAAACUUUCGAGAGAUCAACUUAGGCAGUAGAGUUAUAAGACUGAGUUCAAAAAAUGUGAGAUUGGUUACGUUAUCAGGUAUGACAAUGUCAACCACCGCAUUGCGAUAUCUUUUUGAUUCUAUAGAGCAUUUACAACAUGAGUUUGAUGUAUGUCUUGAAAACGUUACCGUGGAUGACACAAAAGAUUUCAGUGAAAUAAAAGAAAUUAUAAGAAAGUCUCCUAAGUUUACAGUUUACGUUGAUGGCGUAAACGUUCGCAAGCAACGUGUGUUCAAAUUUCGUAGAAUUAUCACAAGUGCUAAAGAUACCGACAGAAAAACAUUCAUUUUGUCGUCUGAAAGGAUGUAGGUGUUUGGUAAUAUAAACCACGUUGGAAAAUCACCAAUAAUGUCAAAUCAAAGCCGAAAAAUAAACUGGUAUCGGUAUACAAAGAAUGUAACCUGGAAAUAUAACAUUCAUAUAUUUUUGUGUUUGUCGCCAAACUUUCAACAAGGCUAACAAUGAGUCAAAUAAAAGACAUGAAAACCUUAAAGGACGUCAAGAAUGGCAAACGUUAAAAAAGUUAUAGGGUUUAUUUGAUUGAGCCUGUUCAUGGACUAUAGUGGUGCAGUCUACCGUUCACACCUCCUGGCAUCGGCAUAAUUCAACAUUGAAACGGGGAAUAGUGAAAUCUGGAUUUAUAAACGCCCGCAGAUGAGUUCAUACUGCGGUCAUUGAGGAAUUUUUAAUGUGACAUGCCGUUGCAAUUCUAUGAUAAGCAGCAAUACUUAAUUAUAAGAAAGCAGGCCUUACAAUUUCUCAGUUCACUUGAAAGAAGCUCGGCUGUGUGCUGUUCAUUUUCACUAAAAUGAAAGAAGAAAACACUCAGCGCCCGGCGAUGUAUAACAGUUCAGAUAAUAACAAUAAUAAUGUUUUCUUUACCAAGAAAAAGAAUGUGCUAUUUAUUUUAUUGAACCAUUGCUAUGCAACUGUGUUUUUUUGUAAUAUAUCCUUUAUAACUAUGAAAUUUAAAAGUUUGGUUUUCAUUAAGUGCAUUGAUAAUAAUAUGCCUAUCCCAAUGUGCUACUUACCUUGUUAAACUGAUGGUUUCAAUAAUUAUUGUAUUGGUUUUUGUAUAGGAUGGUCCCCUAUGGUACCAAUGUUCUUAUUAGUUCCAGCAAAUUGUACAAAUAAAAAGAACUUGUAUUUACUAUUUUAUUAAAUUGUGUCUAACUGUCGCAAGUUGACUUUAAAAUACACAUGUCAUACAUAGAGUAACUCAAUGAUUUAAUUAGAAACAUCUAUGGUCAGUCAGCCAUGUUUUGAGUGGGAGCUUAAACGGAGAGCACAAUGGUACCGUGGUAUGUUAGUUGAUGGCCCUUUU